AUGUUUUCUAUUUCUUUUUUUUCUUCUUCAGCCGCAGUUAUGUGCUUCAAGAAAUUUCGACAGUGGAAAGGAGAUUGUAAACGGCCACUCCGAAAAAGGGUUUACGCAUCUGCCAGUGAAUGUUGUGCUGGCAAAGGAGCUGGAUGGGCUUGGAAAGAGAAAAAAAUACGGAAAAACUCUUACCGCUGUUCUUCAUGCGAUAGUCGGAACAGCUUGACAACUCCAACCUUUGAAACCUCGACGCUCGCUCCGUGGGGAGAAUGGAGUGACUGUACGGUAACAUGCGGCGCUGGUUGGCGAUCCAAGUACCGUCAGUGUCCAACGUGUGAUAUUAAUGAUUAUCGAAAUAAGCUUUUCCAACCCUGUAUGAUCCAAAGCUAUUGCCCAGUUGACGGAAACUGGGGACCUUGGUAUCCAUGGCAACCCUGUUCCAAAUCUUGCGGUGGUGGGGUUCGCACCCGAACACGUUCCUGUAUUUAUCCACCACCAGCACAUGGAGGUAAAAAUUGUGAGGGCAAGAGUGAUGAUGAAGACACCUGUAAUACGAAACCUUGUCCAGUGGACGGCGCCUGGAGUACUUGGACAUCUUGGUCUUCAUGUAGUGAAAGUUGUGGAGUUGGUACAAUGAAGAGAACACGAACCUGUAGCCAGCCUCAACCUCAACACAGAGGCAAACAAUGCAAAGGGUCCGCUUACAUCAUAAAGAAAUGCGAACAUAAAAGAUGUCCACAAGAUGGAGGCUGGUCACUUUGGAGUUCUUGGAGUCCUUGUCCCGUAACUUGCGGUCUUGGAUAUAGAAUCAGAUCUCGUAUGUGCAACAGUCCCAAACCGAUGUAUGGCGGCAACAGUUGUAAAGGACCAUAUACGGAAAAACUCGAUUGUCGUGGUAGAAGACCCUGUCCAGUAUCUAUUCAUGGUGGAUGGUCGAAUUGGAGCGAAUUCGGUAGCUGUAAAGCCCCACGUUGUACAGGUAUUCGGGGAUUUAAAUACCGGCAUCGAACGUGUACGAACCCGAAACCCCGCCAUUAUGGCCAAACCUGUCACGGCCGAUCGAACGACCGUAGAGAAUGUUAUAACAACUUUGAAUGCCCAGUGGAUGGUAACUGGUGUAUUUGGUCUCCGUGGAGCGCUUGCUCGCACCGUAACUGCCGUCGGUCGGAUGCUGUCGAGAGGCGAACACGUGAAUGUUCAUGUCCAAAACCUCAAUUUAAAGGAUCUCCUUGUCCUCAAGGUCCUGCUUGGGAGACACGAAAUUGCUCAUCACGUCCUUAUUGUGAUCAAACUGAAACAACAACAAUUUCAACGACGCUGCCAAGCAAGGAAGCUAUUUCAAAUAAAAAGGAAAAGGAAACUUCAAAAGCAGAAACGUCCAUUACCUGUAAAAACUGCACGACGUUUGCUAUUACGGACAUCACCAGUCCAGAAGACAGAUACAAUUCCACGGUGUAUAACACGCUACCAUAA